AUGUCGGUGAAAAAGCACAAUGAAGAAGUGGACACGAAUAGGCACGUCUUGUCUAAAAUAAUUGAUUGUGUGAAAUUUUGUGGGGGCUUUGACCUGGCUUUGCGUGGCCACGACGAGACUGACACAUCCGACAACCCCGGCGUUUUUCUGGGUUUAGUUAAUCUACUGGCCUCGUUAGAUAGCGUGUUGGAGGAUCACCUUAAAACGGCUACGGUUUUCAAAGGCACCUCAAAGACGGUGCAAAAUGAACUUUUGGACUGCAUGUUAUCAGUUUGUAAAGACUACAUUCUGGAGGAAAAUGCGAAUGCUGACACAGUUGCCACCGCGCUGAUGGAGAGGCUGGGCACUAUCCUCCCAGAUGGACAACAGGGCAAACUAAUCGCCCAAGCCUAUGACGGUGUGCAGCGGUCAUUCAAGCGAACUGCGAUCCUGGAUCAAGUGGUGGCACACAGACUUCCUGGCACUUCCACAACAAGAUGGAACUUUCACAGUCGUGCUGUUAACACUGCAUAUGAGCACAAGGAGAACAUCCUGAGGUGUUUCCAGACGAUCAGAGACUCAGGUGACUUUGAUCCCAUAACAGUGAGAGAAGCCGGGGGCUUUGUGCGAAUGAUGGAAGAUGAAGUUUUUUGCUUUUUCCUGACAUUGUUCCACAAGAUCAUGCCACAUGUAGACAUGCUGUUUAGCCAACUGCAGAAGAGGAACAUCGACUCUGUCUACAUCACAGGACUCAUCAAGAGGUUCACCAGCAGCAUACAAACAAUCAGGGACUCCAUUCCUUCUGGUGAAAGCAGUGGAUCUCAGCAGCUGCCCACAAAGAAACGGAGGGGACUUGGACAUGAAGAGCAACAGCUGUUGGCUAGAGAGGUAUGUGAUACCAUACUGAGUCACGCAAAGGAGAGAUUUUCCUUCACCAAACACCUAAUCAGCUCCACCCUCCUGCAAGGAGACCUGUUCCAGCAGCACAGCCGAACAUUCCCUGAAGCAGCGCUGGAAACAACUGUGGAGGCCUACCCUCUACUGGACAAGGCAAAGCUCAAGACGGAACUGUCCCUCGUCUAUGACAAUGACCAGUUCAGGGCUUGCAGUGGUGCUGUUACUCUGCUCCAGUUCUUCAUUGACAAUAAUCUGCAGGAGACAUUCACAGAGACUGUCAGUCUUCUGAAGGUUCUUGUAACCACACCCAUGGCUACGGCUGAGGCAGAGAGGUGCUUUUCCACUCUGAAAAGGAUAAAGACUUUCUUGAGGAACAGCAUGACACAGGAUCGCCUGAAUGCUCUGGCUAUGCUGUCAAUUGAGAAAAAACUCAUUAGGAGCAUUCCUGACUUCAACACCAGAGUCAUUGAGAGGUUUGCCACUCAGAAGGAGAGAAGGGCAAAAUUCCUCUACAAAUAGACACACACACACACAAGCUCUCGCAGCAAACACAGAUGGCCGACCCUUAAAAAAAUGCGUUUCAUUAGAGAGACAAUUAAACGGCCGCAGAAUGUUGUGAAGUUACUUUUGGAUACCUAAGAUGUUUUGUUCAACCACAAAGUCCAGGAACAUGAGUACUGUUUGGAAACCUGUUGCGUUCGACUCAUUUUCCCCAGAGGAACAGUUGUUUCUUGUUUCCUUUUGUUUUUGUCUUUUUUCUGCCUGUUGCACAUUUUGUUAUUCAAAGCAGUAAAAAAGGUGCUAUCGGCCAAUAAGCUGGAUAUCACUUUAUAUGUAGAGAGGAGGUUUCCCAUGGUUGUUAGAAGUGUAUUA